AUGAAACCUUCUGAAUCUAUCAAAGAUCAAGAUGGAGAUAAAGUGAAGAUGAUGUUGAAGAUAAUCAAAAAUCAGCAUGAUGUCAAACUGUUGAAUGAUUCAAUUAUGCCUCUGGAGAAUAAAACUCACAUACAGAUACCCCAUACUCCAAUCAACACUAACUUUGAUAAAGACCGACCUGUACCUAUAUACUCUGCGCUGCAGCCAUCAAACUUUCAAACUAGAGGAAAUGAUCAUAUUCCAGUACCAGAAACCGCCAACGAAGAAGACAAUGAAAGUAGAAACCAAGAUGAUUCUUUUGAUACCCCAGAAUUUAAAAACAGAAGAAUCAUCUUACAGAGAUUCACCAUUUAUAAUUCUCAAACAACGAUGUAUAUAGUGGGUAGCAAUUCUAAAGAAAGCUUAUUCAGAAUAAUGGAAAUAGGUAAAGAUCCUGACAAACAUGAGGAAUUAAUGAUAAUUGAAGACAAGAACUAUUUUUAUACAAGAAAAGAUAUGAUUGAAUUAUUAAAUGGAUUGGAUGAAUCCAUUGAAGGUGGGAUACAUAAGAUUGCCCAUGGUUAUGGUUUAUUGGGGUUGGUUAAGUUUACAAGAGGAUAUGAAUUGAUAGUUAUCACGAAAUGUUCACAGGUGGCAAUUCUAGGAGGACAUUUUAUUUAUCACAUAGAUGAAACUAAAAUGAUUCCUCUAGAUAUUAAUCAGAAAAAACCUGAAAAGUAUAGCGAUGAAGAAAAAUUGCUGACUAUAUUUAAGAAUUUUGAUUUAAGUAAGACAUUCUAUUUCAGUUAUUCGUAUGAUAUUACAAACACUUUGCAAACAAAUUUCAUGAAAAACAAACGAAUGGCUACUGAAUUCCAAUUUGGAUCCAGUCAUAGUCACGAGAAUGAUUUAUAUAAUAAUUUUGACCAUAAUGAGAGAUUUGUCUGGAACAAUCUUUUAUUAAAACCCAUACUUGAAAACCAAGAAGUUGCAACUUAUGAAUGGUUUCAACCAAUGAUUCAUGGAUUUAUAGAUCAAGCCAACAUUUCAAUCUUCGGGCGGAAGUUUUACAUUACCAUAAUUGCCAGAAGAUCCCAUCAUUUUGCUGGGGCUAGAUUUUUGAAACGUGGUGUUAAUGACCGAGGUAAUGUUGCUAAUGAAAUUGAAACUGAACAGAUCGUAUCAGAUAUGCUAACGACGUCAUUUCACGAUAGUCGAUAUGGGUUUUAUAAUAAUCCACGAUAUACUAGUUUUGUACAACAUCGAGGUUCUAUCCCAUUGUAUUGGACCCAAGAUAGUCGACUACCUAAACCACCUAUUGAAAUCAAUUUGACGGAUCCAUUUUAUAAAAGUUCAGCAAAACAUUUUAAUAAUUUAUUUCAAAGAUAUGGCCUGCCUUUGAUUAUUUUGAAUUUAAUUAAACAAAAGGAAAAACUUCCUCGAGAGCUGAAAUUAAGUAUGCAUUUCACAACUUGUAUUAAAUACCUUAACCAAUUCUUACCUGCUAGAAAUAGAAUCCAAUACCAUGGGUUUGAUAUGUCUAGACAUUCCAAGAAGAAUUUAGAUGUGAUUGGUCCAUUGCAAAAAAUAGCUUCAUCUGCAGUCUCCCAAAUUCAAUUCUUCCAUAACGGAAUUGAUCUCGAAUCUACCCAAGUCCAAACUGGAAUCAUACGAACAAAUUGUAUUGAUUGUUUAGACAGAACAAAUGCCGCACAGUUUAUAAUUGGGAAGGAAGCACUUGCGCAUCAACUAAGAAGCUUGAAUUUCAUUUCCCAAGAUCAAAAUCUCGAUUAUGAUUCUGACUUAAUCAAUAUCUUAACUGAAAUGUUUCAUGAUCAUGGUGAUACAAUUGCUGUUCAAUACGGAGGGUCUAAUUUGGUUAAUACGAUGGAUUCGUACCGUCGGAUAAAUCAAUGGUCUUCACAUACAAGAGAUAUGAUCAAUAGUAUUAAACGAAUGUAUUCGAAUUCGUUUGUUGAUAGAGACAGACAAGAAGCGAUUAAUUUAUUCUUGGGAAAUUAUGUUUAUGCGCCUGAUAAUCCUAGAUUAUGGGAAUAUAAGACAGAUUUUUUAUUACACAAUACAAUGAUAAUUGAUAAUUUACGUAUCAUGGAAAGUUAUGCUCGUUGGUUUAAUGAGAAAUAUUUGUCCGGAUCACGAUUUAAGCUAAUUGGCCCCCCAACUGAAAACCGAAAUCCAUUUUGGGAUCCAGAAUGGAAAUUGGAACCAUAUCCUGAUAGUACUGAGAAAUGGUUUAAUGAAUGUUAUGUACCGAGAAAAUUUCAAUCAUUGGAUGAUAUUUUCCAAUUUAAUAUGAAUUCAAAUGCAAGGUAUUUCCCAUCUAAUGUGGCUAAUGAUCAAGUCUUUGAUUACAGUCCUUUUGAUUCUCGGAAACAAAAUAGAUAUGAUGAUUCUAAAACAGGCGAAUUCGAUUUGAAGUAUUUAGAAGGAUAUCCGAUUGAUAAAGAAGAUGAUAUAUAUCUAAAAGACGCUAAUGAUAAGAUAUCGCCCCGAAGGAAAGAUAAGAAAUACUCAAAGACAAUUAGGAAAUUCAUAUCCAAAAAAAUUGAGAAAUUAGCUUAUCAAGAAAAAGGCAGUAACAGUACCGAAGCAGAUCAAGAUAUCUCGACAUUAGAGGAUUCUCUCUAUGACAAUGAGAAACGGGAUGAUGAAUAUUACGGACAUAAGAGCACUGCCGACUCACUGAUCAUGACACCAGAGGUCGACAGGAAGGAUUCUCAACUAUAUAAAUCUCAAUGGGAUUAUUCUACCAUUCUUACAGAGGGUAAAUCAGUCAAUUCUCCGGAAUAUUUGUGCAAUUCCCAAAGAGUGAAAGUUACGAUUGAUGACAAUGAUCUCUAUCGCCAUUAUACAAAUGGCAUUUUCGACACGGAGGAUUCAAAACAUGGUGGCGGGAAUGCUUUAACAGAAACACAUUUGUAUAACGUUCAGGAUUUGAGAUUAUAUGGCGAUUAUACUGGGGUGGAUGAGACAAAGUGUUUGGGAUUGAAUACCGUGAAUAACUAUUUUUCUUUGGGUGGUUAG